CGUAGAAAGUACGCAGCCAUUUUGUUAGCUAGCUCGAGGUUACAGAGGUUAGCCCUGUACUGUUGCAAAUAUCCUCUGCGGUUUUACGAUUUCGUACUUAAAUCUUACAGAGAAAAGAUACAUUGACGUUGUUGUUAUUUGCGUACAAUUUUCGGCCACACGCUCGUAGACAAAAGGGGGACUCGUGUGUUUGUUACGGGAAAACGAGCGCGAAACUGGAUGGUCAUUCAUUUUCCAAGCCGCCUUGAGUUUGCUAGCUUGUUAGCUAACGUUAGCUGGCUAACUUGUUUACGCGUGGUGUGAGCCGAGAAGAACACAUAUACAGUAUUUAUAGCUGCAAGCUAUUGAAUGUUAGAGAGUUGUUGAGUGAGUGUUAGCGUUUCACGCAGGUUGUCUGUCUGCGUUUGACUGCCUUUGCAUUUCAGUUGCGUCACCCGCUUAAGUCAACUUCAGCGACGAUCGAAGCUACAAACUCGUGUGCAUCAUCUGCUGCUUCCAUUCGGACCAGCGCUCAGCCAUUUAGACACCAUGUCAGAGUUGUACAUUCGUGUGGCUGAGGAUGAAAACGAAGAGCCCAUGGAGAUCCCUUCAGAGGACGAUGGGACUAUUUUGCUGUCAUCGGUAGCAGCACAGUUUCCAGGGGCGUGCGGGCUGCGGUACAGGAACCCAGAGUCCCAGUGCAUGAGGGGAGUCCGGCUGGUGGAGGGUGUACUGCAUGCACCUGAGAACGACUGGGGAAGCUUGGUCUAUGUCGUUAAUUACCCCAAAGAUAACAAAAGGAAGAUGGAAGAAAUAGACGCUGCCUCAGCUGUGAAAGUAAAAAGGGGCUUUCAGAAGACGUCAGAUCUCAUUGUCCUCGGGCUGCCGUGGAAAACUACAGAACAAGACUUGAAAGAUUAUUUCACUACCUUUGGGGAGGUCAUUAUGGUGCAGGUCAAGAGAGAUGUAAAGACUGGCAACUCGAAAGGAUUUGGGUUUGUCCGGUUCACUGAGUAUGAGACACAAACCAAAGUGAUUGCUCAGAGACACAUGAUUGAUGGACGAUGGUGUGACUGCAAACUUCCCAACUCAAAGGCGUUUCCUGAUGAGCCCAUGCGGAGCCGUAAAAUCUUUGUUGGCCGCUGUACAGAGGACAUGACAACCGACGAACUGAGGCAGUACUUCAUGCAGUAUGGCGAAGUCACUGAUGUUUUCAUCCCCAAACCAUUCCGGGCAUUUGCAUUUGUCACGUUUGCUGAUGACCAGGUUGCCCAAGCCCUGUGUGGAGAGGACUUGAUCAUCAAGGGCAUCAGCGUGCACAUCUCCAAUGCUGAGCCCAAACACAAUAAUAGUAGGCAAAUGAUGGAUCGAGGGCGGUUUGGGGCUGGUGGGUUCAGUCAGGGCUAUGGCAGUAAUCGUGGUGGGCUAGGCAGUGGUAGUGGGGGGGUUAACUUUGGGGCUCUCGGCCUUAACCCGGCCAUGGUGGCUGCUGCCCAGGCAGCGCUGCAGAGCAGUUGGGGAAUGAUGGGCAUGCUGGCAAACCAGCAGGGUAUGACCACGACGGCAGGCACUCCCACUACGACCCGAGACCCGACCUAUAGCUCUUCCAGCACCACCAGUUACAGCAGCCCCAGUUCAGCUAGCCUCGGUUGGGCUGCAGGCACUAACGCCGCCUCCAGCAGUGGCUUCACCUCUGGCUUUGGCACCUCUAUGGAGUCUAAGCCUUCUAGUUGGGGAGUGUAGAUAGUUUUGAGUUCAGCUUUUCUGUUGCUAUUAGGCUAAUCUGGUAAGUAUACCUACAGCUGGGAACUGCUUAUAUCUUAUGUUCCUAUUAUUAAAAAUAUACUGCCUUUUUAUUUUGUUAAAGAGAAAAAUUUAUACUUGUGUGUGACUGAUUAUGUAGUCAUGCAUUGAAUGGGUGAAAAGUUUAGUUUGUUAGUGAAAACUGCUACGCUCCAUUUUUUGGGUUUUUGAAAAAAAUGUUAAACAGAGAUGAGCAUGCAAGAUAAAUAUUUAUAAACAUGCACGAGUAUCUCGAGAGCCCCCUCAUCCCCUUGUAAAAUGGGCUUGAUAUGAUUAUAUGUCUGUAAGCAGUUGAUUGCAUCUUUUUGUUUGUUUUUGUUUGACGUCUUUUGGAAACGCCUUCAUGAAAGUCUCUUCUGCAGUUCACCAACUCUUUCCCAAUUUCCCGGGAGGAAGCGCCUCAUUGGCAGCAAUGUUCGACAGAUCUCAGUAUCAAUUCCCCUCUUCCCAUGUGUAAAUGCUUUGCCAUCAAAGAACACAGCUUCACUCUGCAUAUACUGUGUUAGACGGUGGGUGUUGUCUUUUUUUCCUCUCCCCUUUUUAUGGAUAUAGAAAUCUUGUCUGCUCUUGUUGCUUUUCAAGAUCAAUGAGUGGGAUUGGUGUUGGACCGAGUGAGAGUGAGCGAACGGGAGAGCAAAAUGAAAGAAGUGUGAGAUGGACUGUUUGUGCAGAUUUUUUUUUUUUUUUUUUUUUUUAAAGAGACAUGCCUGCGAGAGUUGAGAAGAACCUGUGGCUUUGUGCGAGUGUGAGAGGAAGAAGCAAGUACGAGUGUGUCCCUAAUGACCAUCACAAGGACAUUCUCUGCUUUUUCUCAUAGUUUCUAUCUUUAAUUCUUUAAACACAGUGAAAUGUCAAGUGCUAUGAAUAUUUGUACCUUUUCGUAGCUUUCUCUUGCUGUCUGAUUUGAUGUGAAUGCUUUGUCUGGUUGUGUGCUUUUAUUUUUUUCUCCUUGUUAGCACCCUCUGUGUGAAAAUGUGACUUUGUGCUGGUGGAGUCUGUGUGGGCAAAAACACUGAAAGUGUGUUGAAGUUUGAGGUUGAUGUGGUGAAUGUUUGACAAGUUCCCAUUGAAAGUUUGUGUUUGAAGUGGUUACGAAUGCAUUUUCUAUGUUUUGUGAAUCAAAGGGAAGUCUGAAAUAAAACUGAAUUUGACUAGGUAUAAUA